CACUUAUCCGCCUAAACAAUUGUAAAGAUUUUCCACGGUUCUCACCACUCUCCCCCACUAUAAUAGAUUAGAAAAAUUUUCACUCUCUUUCUCUCUAUUUAUUUUUCUUCUCUCUCUCUCUCACUCUUUCUCUACUAUCUCUUCCUCCACAUGGGUAUCUCAAAGAGUAUUGAUUCCACUAUGACUUGAGCAUCAGUUAUCCCCAUAAUUGCCCUUUGCUUUUUCUUGAUUCCAGAUGCGUACUUGUCAGCUCCAAAGCAUGCCUACAUCUUUAUACACACAUACAUGCAGAGAGAUACAGAGAGAGAGAGAGAGAGAGAGAGAGAGAGAGAGAUUCGAUAAAGAAUAGUAGCUCAAGAGUCUACUUCUAAAAGUUGAAAGCAUAAGGGUUGGUGAUUUUUUAUUUUUUUAAGAGCGUGAAAGUGACAAAAUGCUGUCUUUAAGGAUUCCGUUUACGUUUGUUCGGAGAUUUUAGGGAGUGGGUCGAGAACAGAAAUUGAUGUUAGCUCAUGAGAGAGGCGAAAAAUUGAAACUUUCUGGGAAUUCCAAUUCUUGGUUUGGGGUUUUGUUGGGUGAGGGAAGAAGAUGAUUUCUUCCGAGACGAAUUUGGUGAUGACAGUGAUUGGGUUUGCAGUGAGUACCAUGUUCAUUGUCUUUGUCUGCACAAGGCUAAUCUGUGCACGAAUUCAAUUGAGCUCCACAAGGAGGUCUCUGGCCAGGGCUUCUGGAUCUGACCUUAGCAUUUUAGAACGCGGGCUGCACGGUCUUGAACCUCUUGCUGUGAGCAAAUUCCCGACUAAGAAGUAUAGUGAUGUGUUUUUCACCUCGGCAGAAGACACUCAAUGCACAGUAUGUCUCGCUGAUUACCAGCAAGAAGAUUCGUUGCGCAUCCUGCCAUUCUGCGGGCAUUAUUUUCACGCGACGUGUAUCGACAUGUGGCUGCAGCAGCACUCCACUUGUCCAGUCUGUCGAAUUUCACUGCGCGAGGUCACCGAGAAAAAGCGCUUUAUGCCACCGCUGUUCAGUUCUGCUGUCCGGUGUCACCAUGCCAUGGCAUCGAUGAACGUUAAUCCCCACCAGUGCAUUCGUUCCUGGAAUAGGCUCUCAUCAACGCCACACGACAGAUCAGGGUCGAACAUCACCUCAUCAGACAAUAGAACAGUAGCUGCUGCAGAGUGCGAUUCUGUCUCGAUUCAAGCUACUACUACAGUGGCUAAAGGCUCAACGAAUAAACAAACCGAGAGCCCAUCAAACAUAUGAAUGGUUUGGCCAAAGAUGGAAGAAGUUUGCUGGUUUUCCCGUCAUCGCUUUCUGUACAUAUCUCAGGGUGAGUUCAUGUGUAUAAAGUGUUUUUUUUUUCUUGACAGUUUUAGCAGUGACUUUUGUAGUUUUGUUAGUUCUGUUGUAAAAUAGCUUUGGGUUAUUCUUCAGCUUCCAGCUAUUUUGUGUGCCUCUCAGCACACAUAUUGCUUGUCUUGCUUGAACCAUCUGAAUCAAAAUACCUACUGAUAUCCGAUUUUAAACGUUAUUUGCA